GCAUCUCUUGUUUUUUCUCCGCAGGGAAAGUUUUGUGGAGCAGAGAAGAGUCUUUGGCUGAAGUGGUCAGCUUGCAGAUGGUGGAUCUUCCCCUGACAGGCGCGCAGGCAGAGCUGGAGGGUGAAUUUGGGAAGAAAGCAGGUAAAGCCACAGGUGGUGUUUCUUUCCCUUCCCAGGCCUGUCAAAACUCACAAGACCCUCCUGGUCAACAAGGCUGCUUGGUAGUGUUGCACAGGUGGAUUGCAAUUUAUUAUUCACCCUUGACCCUAAAGGUAACAACAGUUAAAACACAACAUUAAGAACAACCUUUAAAAAGAUAAAAUUACAAAAACAAGGUAGGUCCUAAAAUAUUCAUCUCAUGUGUCAAAAGCUGGGGUGGGGGUGGUGUAAAGAGGCGCAUCUUCAGCAUUCUCCAAAAGCUGUGUAAUGAAGGGGCCAAAAUCAUCUCUGUAGGGAAGGUUCCACAACUUAGUUGUUACAGCUCUGAUACUGUGGCUUUUGUUCUUACUCCAGUGAGUACAUUUCAAAUAUUUUCUGCUUUGUCUUUUUUGCUGUCAUGGAACCAGCAAUUCAAGGUAAUUCUCCAGUUGUCUUUUUCACUUGCUUUUCUUGACAAUCUUGCUUUAGAAAGGGGUGUGUGUGUGUGUGUGUGUGUGUGAGAGAGAGAGAGAGAGAGAGAGAGAUCUGUGUCAGUCUAUGGGGCUCUAUCUGUCUUCCAUGAGCUUCCUUGGUCCUGUUGAGUUGUGCUUGCUGUCUGGACCACACGGCUCCACAAACAUGCUCUCCUGCUCGCCAGCAGUGAGGAACUUUGUCCCCUGUCCAAGAUCGCCUGUCCUUCUCUCAAGCUUGGAAGAGGAUGAGGGAUUUCACACAGCUUCAAGCUUUCUUUAUUAGAGAGGCUCAGAAAUGUCAGCCAAGUUAAGAAUAUGAGAAAGCAAGAGCAAUGCUGAAUCGGUGCAGUGGCUCGUCUGGUCAUGCUACAGGCUCUUCCCUCUAUAUUAACCUCUGCUUAAUUUUUGGGUGUGACACGUUCUCUCUCUCCCUUUCCAGAUGGUCUGCUGGGCAUGUUCCUGAAGCGCCUGUCCUCUCAGCUCAUCCUCCUCCAGGCCUGGACCGCUCACCUUUGGAAGAUGUUUUACGACGCCCGCAAGCCCCGCAGCCAGAUCAAGAACGAAGUCAACAUUGACAACUUGGCCCGGGAUGAGUUUAACCUGCAGAAGAUGAUUGUGG